AUGCUAAUGGUAACGUCUUCUCUCCUGUUUUUGUUCGCACUGAUCAUCACCUCCAUGUAUGUCAGUUUAAACGCCACCAGCGGCAAAUGCGAAGUAAGUAGAAACGUCAAGUACCUGAAGCAGUUAAACAGGAUUACCACGAAAAAGCAUUAUUUGUGUAAAUUUUUUAAGGACAGCUUUCCCUGCUUUUUUGGCAUCUCUGGGUAUGACCCGAAUGGCAAUAGUGGCAGGCUGCUCAAGCGUGAUGCUACACAGUGGAAUCAAUUAAAAAUAAAAAAUGAGAUCUGUCUCAGGGGGAGGCAUUGCAAUGAGGUGGAAGCAGAAAGGGUACGACAAGAAAGAGCAGUACAAGAAGGGAAGAACCCCCCUCAUGAUGACCAAAGCAUAGAUAGCCUUAAGGGAGCUACACAAUGGUGCAUACAGAAUGGAUACCGCUACUCCGCUAACGCAAAUCAAAAUUCACGUGGUGGAAUCAGUGGUAGCUCGAGACACGCACCCACUCCUAAACCACUGAAUGUGUUCUUCAUAAAUUACACCAAUUUGAAGCAGUUGAGGCAGUUAAAGCAAUUGAAGAAGUUGCAGAAGUAUGGCCUGAGAAAGGGGGACGGUUUUAUCACCGGGAAGGCGACCUUUUUACACACCUGUGAAGGUAACCCACCGGGGGACUACUCCACCACUGCGACUCUAGGAAAGAAGCUGUUCAGCGUCAAGAACGAGGAUAGACAAACCGGGAGAGAGCCACAACUCACAGGUGGGAAUGAAAAGAGCGAUGAUGUUAAGGACCCCACCAAUUUGAAUGCCCUCUUUGAUCAAAUAAACAGCUACAUAGAUGUGAAAAAGUACAAAGAUACAUAUGGCGAGGAAAUUUAUAACCAUAUAGUUAAAUUAUACGUACAUAGGGAUGUCCCCGAAAAUUAUGAACAGUUGUUCUUCAUUGAACCGACGGAGAAGAGCGUCGCUUUGGAGGUAGACAAAUAUGAUGAUCACCAAUUUGAGAAACUAAUCCGAGAGGAGUUCCAAAGAAAUGGAGUCCUAAUAAACAACAUUAGUAAAGAUUACUACGGAAGGAAGAACAUCAAGAAGAUUCUCAAAAUCCUAAGUUAUUUACCUCUACUAAAUUUAAUCAACAAUCCAAGUGAUUUGAAAAAAUUGAAGAAGGAGUACCUCCCUCUUCUGGCUCACGAAUUAAAAAUGUUUAUUUUCUUCAUGGUUAAUAUAACUGGUGGUCAUUUUUCUGCUGGGCUUAGCUUGCUAGAGGUGCAGCUUCUGUUACUGUACCUGUUUGAUCAACCCCAUGAAGACGUGAUCUACGACAUUGGACAUCAGGCUUACGUUCACAAAAUACUCACGGGGAGGAAGUUGCUUUUUUUGUCGCUAAGACAGAAGAAGGGAAUAUGUGGAUUUUUAAACACUUUUGAAAGCACCUACGACAAGUUUGGGGCCGGACAUAGCUCCACUGCACUGAGUGCAAUCCAGGGAUUUUACGAAGCCGACUGGCAGAUAUCUCAGAAGAGAAGCAUCGCUCAAUCGGAAGAGAAAGAAGCACACCCAGAUGAAGAGAAAAAAAAUAUCUCUUUUAUCCAACCUGGUGAAGGGGACACAAUCCAUGCAGGGCAGAAUCAUCAUGCGGGUCAUCCGAAUGGAGGAGGGACCACACAGAAGAGUGCCUACCCUGGUCGAAAUAACUCAGUUGAUCAUUUGAACAAAGUGCAUAUUGCCAUCAUUGGGGACGGGGGCCUAACCGGUGGUAUGGCACUCGAAGCUCUAAAUUACAUUUCUUUUUUAAAUUCCAAAGUGCUAAUUAUUUAUAAUGACAAUGGGCAGGUCUCUCUGCCCACUAAUGCACCCAGCAUCUCGGGGCAUCGACCAAUCGGCUCCAUCUCUGACCAUCUGCGCAGCUUUCUCACAAGCAGAAGUGGAGAAGGAGACAGCCACCAUUCCACUGGUAGCGGAAAGAACAACAUUUUCGAAAAUUUGAACUACGACUAUGUGCAAGUCCAAAACGGAAACAACACAGAAGCCCUCUUCAACACGUUGUCGUCCUUUAAAGAGGGCAAUAUGAAGAGAGCCACUGUAUUGCAUGUCUGUACUAGCAAGACCAGUGAGUUUAUAAACACGAGGGCCCCGAUAACUGUGAUGCAUUCUAUUAAGAAGAAUGAAAUUUUUCCGUUCAAUGUGGAUACGCUGAGCUCCGAUGGGAGGGAUGUUGCUUCUCCAGGACCCAGCCCCCAUGACCAGAGUGAUAGAACGCACGGUGGCAAAUGUAACUCCGGGACAGCACAACAGGAUAAGAUGUUCUCCAAGAAAACCUUCACAGAUGUGUACACAGAAGAAAUGCUAACCUAUUUGGAGCGAGAUAAAAAUAUCAUCUUCAUUUCCCCAGCCAUGCUAGGGGGGUCCGGAUUAGUAAAGAUCAGCGAGAAGUACCCCAAUAAUGUAUACGACGUCGGGAUCGCAGAGCAGCACGCAGUAACCUUCGCAACAGCCAUGGCCAUGAAUAAAUCCUUAAAAAUUCAUCUGAGCAUUUAUUCUACAUUUAUGCAAAGAGCAUAUGAUCAAAUAAUACACGACCUGAAUUUGCAGAAGGUCCCGUUAAAGGUUAUUGUCGGUAGGAGUGGCUUAAUCGGCGAGGAUGGAGCUACCCACCAAGGAAUCUACGACCUUACUCUUUUGGGUGCCUUGAACAACGCAUGCAUUAUAUCUCCGAGCAACCAAGUGGACUUGAAGAAGGCCCUCAAAUUUUGCUACCACGAUGUGAACCGAUCUGUGUUUGUUCGCCUCCCCAGGAUUAACACCUUCACGGAGGAGUACCUGCAGCGGUAUUUCCGCAUCGGGGUGCAGCCCCAGGGCGGUGAAAACGUAGGGCGAGGCGACGACAUAUGGCGAAGCGGCGAAGUGGGACGGGAAGGGCCAAACACCGGGGAAAAUCCCCCCAACGAUGAUAUGCAAACAUUCUUCGGAAAGGCGCGAAUUAUCAAAAUGACCCGAGAGGAAAAAAAACCAAGCCAAGGGGGCAAAAACAAAGUGGCCAUUUUUAACAUGGGCAGUAUGCUAUUCAAUGUGCUCAACGCGAUCGAAGAAAUCGAAAAGGAUCAUUUUCUCUCCAGCAAAUUCUCCUUCUCAAUUAUUGACAUGAUUUUCCUAAACCCAAUGGAUAAAAGAAUAAUAGAUUACGUCAUUGAGGAGAAUAAACAUGACGUACACAUUACCUACGAGGACAACACUGUAGGUGGAUUUUCAACCCACUUCAAUAACUACCUAAUAGAGAAGAAUUACAUUUCCAGGCACCAGUUGUCUGUUCAUAAUAUUUACCUACCCAAUCAUCCCAUUGAACACGCCACGUAUAUGGAGCAGCACGUUGAUGUAAAAAUGGAUUCUUGUAGCUUACAGAACAGAAUAAAGAGUUUCUUGCAAGGAGAAGUGUCGGUGUCCAAUUGA